AUGGCUUCCGCCGCGUCCGACCGUAACAAAGCAUCUACCGACUGCGAGAAAUUAUGCACGACCAACCGCGAAGAACAAAACAAGAUCGCCAUCUCGAACCAGCUCAGCUCGCCGCUCCUGCGUCUUCCCGGCGAGAUUCGUACUACGACCUACACACACCUCUGUACUUCUACUACAGUCAACCACGGUCAUCCUGCAAAUGGUUCCAAAGAGGGUUGUGCCUUUACCCAGACUUUUCUACUUACCUGCAGCCAAGUCUACGCCGAGGCCGUCAGACUUAUGUAUAGUCUUGCGACAUUCGACCUGUCUAGUAGACAGUUCGAAGUGUCUAAGUUGCUGUGUCUCAAGGGUCUCAACCCGGAGUAUCGCCAUCUCAUCACUUCGAUACAGGUCAAUGACCAGUUCGCGGUGGAUGCGAUGGAUCUGGUUUACGAGGGCAAGGUCGAGGAAGUACUUGGAGAUCAUAGCCCUGCGAAGUGUCUACUUGGUCUAGAGAAACUCCACGUACGCGAUCUAGCUUAG